AUGCCGUUUAUAUUUGGUCGACGACGUUUUCGUAAUCGUUUUAUCACAUUUUUAACAAUUUUGGGUAUUUUUUUAAUAAUAUCAUUUAUAAUUCGUACUGAUCCAAUAAUAAUAACAAAUAUAAAUACAAAAGAUAUUAAAGCACGUCUAUUUUGUGUGUUAGUACAUACACAUUCAACGCAUGAAGAAUUUAUUUAUUUAAAUAAUAUAACAUGGGCUAAACAUUGUCACAAAAUUAGUAUUGUAAGAUAUAAACGAUUACAAACACCUGAUGAAGGUAAGUUAAUUGAUCAAAUGAAACUUUUUAUGUAA